AUGAAGCCGCUCGCCCUGCUCGCCGCCGGCGCGCCCUUCGCCGCCGCGCUGUGGCCCAUUCCUUCGCAGUACAGCGCCGGCAACACCACGCUGUGGAUCAGCAGUGACGUCAAGGUCACUUACGACGCCCCCAGCAAUCAGACGGCGUCGUACAACUCGUCUACCCCGCAACAGCUCGUGCAGAAUGCCAUCCAGCGCACCCACAAGACCAUCUUCGAUCAGUCGUUCGUGCCGUGGAAGUUCCACCCGCGCAUGACCGACUUCGAGCCGUCCACGGCCGACAAGCAGUUCAUCUCGUCCAUCUCCCUAAAGCAGACGCAGGCCGACCCGCCCAAUGCCAAUGCCCCGCUCGACGACUCGGUCGACGAGUCGUACUCGCUCAGCGUCCCCGAGUCGGGCGAGGUCGUCAUCUCGGCGGCCUCGUCCAUUGGCCUGCUGCACGGCCUGACGACCUUCUCGCAGCUGUUUUUCAAGCACUCCGAAGGCGGUUCGUACACCAGCCUGGUCCCCGUCGAGAUCGAGGAUGCGCCCAAGUUCGCCCACCGCGGCCUCAACAUGGAUGUCUCGCGUAACUACUUUGCUGUUGACGACAUCAAGCGCAUGCUGGACGCCAUGUCCUUUGCCAAGAUGAACCGCUUCCACCUGCACAUCACCGACUCGCAGUCCUGGCCGCUCGUGGUUCCUUCGAUCCCCGAGCUCUCGGCCAAGGGCGCCUACGCCUCCAACCUUGUCUACACGCCUGAGGAUCUCAAGGACAUCCAAAACUAUGCCAACCUGCUCGGCAUUGAGCCCAUCCUGGAGAUCGACAUGCCGGGCCACACGGCCACCAUCGCCUUCACGGACCCGGAUCUCAUCGCGGCGUUCAACGUCCAGCCCGACUGGUCCACGUACUGCGCUGAGCCGCCGUGUGGCACCCUCAAGCUCAACUCGACCAAGGUCUACGACUUCCUCGAAAAGCUGCUCGACGACGUGCUGCCGCGCGUCGAGCCGUACUCGUCCUACUUCCACAGCGGAGGCGACGAGGUCAACAUCCAGUCGUACCUGCUGGACGACACGGUCCGGUCCAAUGACACGGCGAUCCUCCAGCCGCUGAUGCAGAAGUUCGUCGACCGCAACCACGACCAGAUCCGCGCCAAUGGUCUCAGGCCGAUUGUGUGGGAGGAGAUGCUCCUCCAGUGGAACCUCACGCUCGGCAAGGACGUCCUGGUCCAGACGUGGCAGUCGGAUGAGGCUGUCGCGCAGACGGUCGCCAGUGGCCACAAGGCUCUCGCGGGCAACUACAACUACUGGUAUCUCGACUGCGGCAAGGGCCAAUGGCUGGACUUCAGCCCCGAGACGGCCGCGGGAUUCUUCCCUUUCGCGGACUACUGCUCUCCGCGCAAGAGCUGGAGGCUGAUGUACGCGUACGACCCGCUGAGCGGCGUCCCGGCCAACCAGACGCACCUUGUGGUGGGCGGCGAGUGCCACAUCUGGGCGGAGCAGACGGACCCAGUGGUCAUCGACAGCAUGGUUUGGCCGCGUGCAGCUGCCGCCGCAGAGGUGCUGUGGAGCGGAGCCAAGGACGAGCAGGGCCAGAACAGAAGCCAAAUUACGGCGAGCCCGCGGUUGAGCGACUUCCGCGAGCGGCUAGUGGCGCGCGGCGUGCAGGCUGAGCCGAUCCAGAUGCCGUUCUGCACCCAGAACGGAACGCAGUGUGCGCUCUAA